AUGGCAUUCUCAUACAAAUUCUUCCUCGUGUCUCUUCUCUUCCUUCCUCUUGCCAACUGCGAAAAUAAAUACUUGCAUUCAUGCGCCAAAAAUAUCAUUGGCAACGUCGAUCUCCAAGCUCGUAUCAUAGGUGUCCUAUAUCAUCUUAUGAAGGCUACUCCAAUAAAAGGUUUUACGAGCUCCAGUUUCUCCUCUUCCGGAGACGACAACACUCUCUAUGCUCUCGCCCAGUGUAGAGGAGAUGCCAAUACCGACCUCUGUAGCAAAUGUGUUAAAGAUGCAGCAAAAACCCUUCAAGCAAACUGUUCUAAGCAAGCGCAAGCCUACAUUUGGUAUGAUUUGUGCUUCCUCCGUUAUGACACAAUUAACUUCUUUGGGAAUUGGAAGAUUGGUGGAGCUAAAACUGCUCAGACUGAUACAAUAGAUGCAAAAAAUACAUCAGUAUUUGUUCCUACCGUGAAAAUUAUGGUUGAUAACCUAAAGAGUAGGGUAACGAUGCCGGGAGCUAACUUAUUUGCAAAGAUGAUGGUGAGCAAAAUCUUCAAUCUGAAAGGUGUGAGCGUUUAUGCAAUGACAGAGUGUACGCGUGACAUGAAUAAAUUCACUUGCAUCGAGUGUUUGGAUCAAGCGGAAGGCUUGCUUCCUAGCAUUUGCAGGAGUUCAAGUGGCUGCAAGAUUCUCUACAAUAGCUGCUUUAUUAGAUAUGAGACUUAUGAUUUUUUUAGCACUUUAUCUCAUUAA